GGAGAUAGAAAGGAGCUAAUUUGUUCGAAAUUAGAAGAAAUGGCUGACAAUUAUGAGGCUACAGGGGAUAAAUGGAGGGUGUACGCCUAUAGAAAGGCUGUGAGUGCAGUUAGAUCUCAUAAGAAGCCCAUUUGCAAAUUUGAAGAAGUGAGUUCGAUUCCCGGUGUUGGCAGAAAAUUGGGCGAUAAGAUUUGGGAGAUUGUUGAAAAGGGUUCGUUUAGCAAACUGGACAGCGUGAAAAACAGUGAAAAGAUGCAGAUUAUGAACUUGUUCACGAAUAUCCACGGAGUGGGUUCCAAGACCGCGGAGGCAUGGUAUGCUAUGGGACACAGAACAUUGCAAGACAUCAAGGACAAGAUCGUUCUUACUGGACCGCAAACAGUUGGUAUUGAUCUAUACGACGACCUAGUUCUUCGAAUGCCACGCGAGGAAGCAGCUGAGAUUGAGUCUUUCGUCAGAGGCAAAGUUCACAGUAUCGAUCCAAACUCAAUUUGCGAAGUUUGUGGCUCCUUCAGACGAGGGAAACCGACCUGCGGUGACCUUGACCUCUUGAUUACAACACCAGACGGAGUGUCCCAUAGCAGGGAAGUGUUUCAGAGAAUGGUUCUCUGCUAUUCUUCUAACAGGAUAAUGUCGCCUCUUCUUGAGGAGCUGCACUCGAUCGGAUUCCUCACACAUGACCUGGUCUCUGUCUCCCCCGAGAAAACAGUCAACAUGCACAAGUACAUGGGAGUGUGUAUACUACCUGCUGGAGAGAAUGAGAGAGAUAGGAGACAUAGGCGGAUAGACAUAAUAUGUGUACCCUUCUCCGAGUACCCCUGUGCUGUUGUCUACUUCACUGGAUCUGCGUACUUCAAUAGGUCACUUCGGCUACUGGCACAAAGAAGAGGCAUGUCGCUAAAUGAACACCAUCUGAAGAGGAAUGUGGUUAGGAGGAAGGGCGAGAAAAAGACAGCCGGCGAAAUAAUUCCAGUCAGUUCCGAACAGGAGUUGUUCCAGGUGAUGGGGGUGCCCUUUCGACCUCCGGAGGAACGCGACUGGUGAAAAAAAGUUUAACUAUGACUAUACGACAGACUGCUUGCAAGUGUGUUGACUGAGUUCCCAGGAUGAAACAGGAUGAAAAUUGGGUUGCUUUAUCCGCAAACAGUGCAAAAUGCUCUUGACAAAAUUGCUCGCUUUCGAGGAAGAAUUUUUUGACGAAUACACCUGAUUUAGGGACCAACUACCAUACUAUCAAGAACUGAACAAAACAUAUCAAUUGAACUCAGAGGCGGCUUUGGGAUGGGGGUUAGAAAGGGAGAAGGAGGUUUGAACUGUGCAACCAAUCUGCAGUUUUACAAUGAGAUCAGACAAUAAAUGAAAAGCUGAUCCAGCUUAUUAAUUGCAUCUUCUGACAAUCGAAUAUGUUCAUGUUUAUGAAGUUAUCGGUUUCUCUUAAAAAGUGGAUAUGUCAACCACUUAUAUUACUGUUUCAAAUAUGUGCAUCGGACUCCUACGAUCAGAUUUCAUCGUGAAAUUAGAGGGUUCUCACAGAUUUCACCGUGAAAGUGAAGGUUCUCAAUUGAAAGUAGAGGGUUCUCACAUACAUUUUAAAACAUUUUAUCAUUGAGCUAAAAGUAUGUUUCGUCAAAUGUCUCCCCAUCUAUAAAUUUUCAAAGCCGCCGUUGUUCUGAUUCAUUUCGAGAUUAAUCUUUAAACCUUGUAAAAAAAAUU